AUGGAGUUUUAUUUAAUUCCUCCAGUUUCUUACCAAACUCAGGAGAAGUUGAAAAAGAAAACUAAAAGAACCAAAGAACCAUCAUCAUCAUCUUCAGGUUCCAAUUCAAGUUCUAGCUCUUUAUCACGAGACCUUCUGGCUUUAAGGAGAGGUUCAACGUCAGCUUCUUCUUUUACUUCAAACUCAAUAUUCUCUAGUGCAACAUCUACAAAAUCCAGAAAAUCAUCCUGUUGCUCUAUAGAAACCGCUUCUACCGCCACCACCACCACAACAACAAACAAAUCAAAAACGUCAUCAAACGCAAUCCCAAUGCCAAUUUCUUCAGCAUCAUUAACUCAACCAAGAUCUCUUUCGAGAAAACCUACAAAUUCAUCUGAUUCACAUUCAAUUAAUUCUCUGAAAACAAACUCAAGUCUAAAAAUAUCUAGUACUUCUAGAACGUCAACUUCUAAAAAACAUUAUAAUUAUGAAUCAAAUACUACCAUGAAUGAAAUACUUUCUAAACCAAAAUUAAAGAAGAAAAGUUUGCGUUCAGUUUUCAAAAAUUUGAGUUUAAAUAAUGAAAAAGAAAACUCUGGUCAUAAAGAUCAUGGUUAUGAUUAUCCAACUGAUGACGAUGACAAUGAUACACUAGAUAAUCUGGAUUUGAAUACUAUUUAUUCAGAUGCAAAUUCAAUUUUCAGUCGUCGGAAAACUCCAGUUGCUUUGAAAUGA